GCGCACGCGCGUAAAUUAUCUCACGUAUCUUUCGACACUACAAGUGUAUUGCGUAUUUUUCGAGAUUCUCCUGUAGCUGCGUGAACACAAUUUCAUCAAGAAUCCGAAUUCCAAGACGGCAGAAGCGACGAAGUCAUUCAGAUAGAAGAACGUAUUGAGAGAGCGUAGUGAACCGCGGCGACUCCUCGAAAUCAUAUACGUGGCUGCUUUUAUUUACAUUCUUUCGGCGAGAAUCGUAUAAUUGUAUUUAGAUACGAUAAAUAAUGACGCACUCUCACGGAGAUCAUGCUCACGACGCGUGUUGCUUAGCGGACAGCAAUCCCAGCGUUCGACAGACAUUAGACGAGAUGGAGUUCGAACGUAGUAUCUGGUAUGCAGCGCUGGAUGACGACUACGAGCGCGUAGAGACACUGCUGCGGAACGGUGCGCCCGUGAACAACGAGGACUCCGCCGGCUACCGGCCGCUACAUUACGCCGCACGGAACGCAAACAGGCGGAUAUGCGAAACGUUGCUGCGCCACGGCGCGGAGGUGGACGCGUGCACCCGGUGCGGCCGCGCGACCGCGCUGCAUCGCGCGGCCACGCGCGGCCGCCUCGACAUCGUUGAGCUGCUGCUGAACCACGGUGCGGACGCGAAUCUCGUGGACCUGGACGGUAAUACGGCUCUGCACCGGGCGAUCAUCGCGUGCGCGCCGGACGUCUGCAGGCUGCUGAUACCGCACACCGAUCUGACCAUCGUCGACAACGCGGGAUUCAGCGCGGAGGUAUUGGCCAAGCAGAAGUGCACGGAGCUGUUGCCGCUCAUCAAGAAGUACUCGACAUGAGCGCUUUCCUUUUCUUUCAUUUUUCUAAACGUUAUGUAAUCAUGUCAAGAUCUGUGAAUACCCUCUCCUCCUCGUUUAGACGAUCACACUUAAUCCCUUGUAAUUGAUCAUGAAUCUUUUCCUUUAGCGUGAAUUCGUGAACAGUCUGAAUCUUCGAAUUUGAAACAUUUUCACUUCUCGCCCAUUCACUAUAUGCGUUCGACAAAUUUCUUCGGUUUAUAUUUUCAACAGUUAAUAACGGUCUCGAUAGCCAUUUGCGUUACAUAUGUUAUUGGGUAUUUUAAUAACGGUAAUGAGUAAGAUUUCACUUGUUUCGGUUCGUUGCUUUUCGAUCCUUUCAAGCAAUUGUUUCUUCCACUCUUUUUUUUUAUUGACUCGCGACUGCUCAAGCAUUCUGUUCUCAGCAAUUAUUUAUCUCUGAUGUAUUAAGAAGAUUAAGAAAUAAUGCUUCAUGAGAUUAAGAAUACAUACAGAAUAAAGAAUAUAUUUGGAACACAAAUGGCUUAGAAUAGAGAAAUACAUGUAUUAAUGAAAUAUAUAAGAAAUAUACGAAAGAUGAUUCUUAGAAAGAGAGAGAGAAAGAGAGAGAGAGAAUUAAUACAUUUUUUUCUCGAACUUUAGUUGAAGAUUCCAUUCGGACAAUUUAAACUUUCUAUAGAAAUGACAACACAUAUGAUCAGUCACAAAAAGAUUGUAACAUUUUUCUCGAUUAUUUUU